AUGUCGCUCGCCGGCGCAAGUCCGGCCCAGCUCGCCCUUGCCGAAGCUAUCGCCGAGCGAUACAUCACCAGCAACCGGGCGCUUCGUAUCCUCCCUUACUACCUGGAUGACGCCCUCCUCGGUGUCGUGCUGUGCCAUAGCCUCUCAUAUCUCCGUUUUGUCCGAACCGACAAGAAGCACAUCGUCGUGCUGGUGGUACUUUCUGUGCUGACGACCCUGGCAGCCUCCAUCGAUGUAAUGCUUUGGCUCACCAAUAUCUUUGUAUCUCAGCUUUGGAAGUGUGGACUAUAUAUGAUCAUCGAUGCAAUCGGCACCGCUCUCGUCCAGAUCUUCUAUGUCGACCGGGCGUACCGACUGCACCGCCACUGGUGGCCCUUGGCCGUGCUCUGCCCGCUCGUUCUUGGGACGAUAGCGGCGUGGGCUACCCUUGUCCAGUUCAUGGGGCGACUCAUCGCCCAGGGUCUCGAUCCGACGACUAUGCUCACACCGGCCUACAUGACUGUGGCUAAUGCUACCCUCUCGCUCAUCAUGGUCACCGACCUGGCUAUUACCGCCGUCGUGAUUUACGGUCUGCAGAAGAACAAGACCGGCUGGAAACACACCGAUUCGCACCUCAAGGGGCUAGUUAUCAAGUGCUUCGAGGCUCAGAUACCGGCCCUGAUCAUUGCUAUUCUGAUCCUUGUCUUCUGGACAAUCAAGAUUGAAAUCGCGACCUGCAUCUUGAUGUUUCAUACCAAAGUCUAUGUUGCGGGCCUGCUGGUCACGCUCAACUUCCGGUCGACCCCCGGAGCUACUUCCAUCGGGCAGUCGUACGAGUCCAAUGUGAUCUCUGAGGGUCAUGUACUCAGCGACAUCUCGGGCAAGAACAUCAACAACUCGGUACUCGUCCAGCGAGACACAGAGACAAUUUCUCACCAGGCCCCACCGUACUACUCCAAGCGCCACAAGGUUAUGGACGCCGAAGAAGGCAGCUCACACUCGGACCAGCCGAGUCUGCGGAGUCACAGCACCUUCCACCACCCUUUUGCGCAGCACGACCCAGCCGGCUGGGAGUCGACCGUAGCGCUUCAGGAGCCACACAGGUCCAGGGAGCGAUGA